UUUAUGUUUACGUAUUAGAAAUAUCUGUUUGGAUCUAAAACUGAGGUUAUGUUAUAGAAUUUUGACAGGCGGCGUUUACUAUUACAAUUAAAAUGGCCGUAACCACCGGUACAUCUUUGGCCUUAGCUUCCAUAAGUGCUAUACUGGUAUUUUCUGGAAUGCAAAUGUAUAAGCCGUGGCUGGUCUCAUCUCAAAUUCAUACAUUACUUGGGGGAUAUUUGGGCUCCCUAUUUUUCGUAUUGAGCCUUACUGCAAUCGGAAACCUGGAAACGUGUUGGUUUGGAAAGUCCUUCCAACUUAAACUGUUUCCCGAAGUGUCUGUGUCUCUUUUACUUGCUUUAUUCGCUUCAGCCACAAUACAUAGAGUCUGUGGAACAACUUGCAUAAUUUUGUCUCUAAUGGCUCUCUAUUAUGUCAACAAAUAUUCUCAAAAAGUACAUGUGGUUGUACCUACCUCAACAGUUCAAACUGGAAAAAAGAAGAAGAAUGCCUGAUACCCAUAUAAAUAAUGUUAUUAUACUCUCAGUUUUAGAAAGAUCUGCAUUUUAUAUUUUUAUUUGAAUCAAUAAAUUUCUAUACAUCACACUCCA